AUGUUGACUAUCGUGGGUGGAGUAGCCGUCCUGGCCGUAGUCACGGCAGUUUACCUAGUCUUGACUGUGGGAAAACGGAACCCUAAAUUACCACCAGGACCUCCGACCUGGCCGAUCAUCGGCAACCUACACCAAACCCCCACCAAACGCACCCAUCUCCAGUUCGCAAAAUGGGCCAAACAAUACGGCGGGAUCUACUCGCUCAAGUUCGGCCCGGGCACCUCCAUCGUCAUCUCGUCGCCGCGCCUCAUCAAGCAGCUGUUCUUCCGCGAGGACAUGGUUAUGAAGCAUCACAUUGAGGUUGUGGAUGCCGAGGCCGUCCAGAUGCUCCGUGACUUUGUGGUGCAACCCGAAGGUUGCAUGAGGCAUCCCAAGCGGUUCAGCAAUAGCAUCAUCAUGAGCUUGAUCUACGGCACGCGCACGCCCACCAUCAAGACCAAGCACAUGGUGAAGCUGUACGCGCUGAUGGAGAACUGGUCCAAGGUGAUGGAGGCGGGCAACACGCCCCCGGUCGACAUCUUCCCGUUCCUCAAGCUGGUGCCGGAGCGGUUCCUGGGCAUGUGGCGAUCGCGGGCGCAGGACGUCGGCCGCGAGAUGAACGCCCUCUACAGCGAGUGGCUCGAGUACGUGGUGCGGCGGCGCCAGGACUCGGGCAGCCGCGACUGCUUCCUCGACCGCGUGCUGGACCAAGGCGAGAAGGUCGGUUUGGACAAGCACGGCAUCUACUUCCUGUGUGGGACCGUCAUGGAGGGCGGCUCUGACACCACCAGCUCGCUGAUUAUUGCCUUUUUGCACGCCAUGACCAAGUGGCCGGCGGUGCUGCGCAAGGCACAGGCCGAGAUGGACGCGGUGGUUGGGGAGGAGCGCACGCCGACGUGGGCGGACCACGCGCGGCUGCCGUACGUGGCGGCGUGCGUCAAGGAGGCGCACCGGUGGCGGCCCGUGACGCCGCUGGCGUUCCCCCACUCGCUGACUGAAGACGACUGGGUCGACGGCAUGUUCCUGCCUCGCGGUAGUGACAUUUUUAUUAACGCUUUCGGCAUGCACCACGACGAGGCCCGCUUCCCGGACCCGGACACCUUUGACCCGGCCCAUUACGAGGGUUUCACGGGGUUGGGGUCUGAACUGGCCAACGGUGACUACGCAAACCGUGACCACUACGAUUACGGCAGCGGCCGCCGCCUGUGCCCGGGCAUCCAUUUGGCGGAGCAGAAUCUGUUUCUGACACUGGCUAAGCUUGUGUGGGCGUUCGAUAUUGGACCGGGCAAGGACGCGGCGGGAGAGGUCAUCGAGCCAGAUGUUAGUAACGAGAAGGGAUAUUGCUCCGGGUUCUUGGUAUGUGCGGAGGACUUCCCGUGCACCAUCACGGUAAGGUCCGAGCCGAGGAAAGCGACGAUUUUGAGGGAGAGUGACAAGGCCACGGCAGAGGUGUUUUCUCGCUAUGAGACGCCAAAGGAAUAA